GCUGACCAGCCCCGCCCCCAGUCGGCUGUAGCUAAGGACGCUUCGGCCCCAGCAACUGCGAUGGACCAGGAUGAGGGACGGACCAGCGUGGACAACAUAGUUACACAGUUCAACACUUAUGAGGAUUUUCUCGACUCGCAGAUCACCACCGUGGACCUGUACUACCUGGGGGAUGAAAGCUUGGCCCGCCAGUUGGUGGAGCUAGGCUACCGAGGGACUGGAGAGAUUCUGAAAAGGGAAGAUUUUGAAGCAAGGAAGGCAGCUAUAGAGAUCACAAGACUGGCUAAAAGAACUCAGAAGAAGACGCUGGCAAGUGCUGGUAAAGACCUGCAAGAUAAUUUUCUGAAGGCCCUGGCUAUGAGAGAAGAAGACAAUCGCAGUGGGAAAGUGAGUUCUGUGAUCUUCAUUCGUGACAAAAAUUCUUAUGGACAAGAAGUUUCUGGAUAUAUUGACUAUGCUGACAGACUAAAGACUGAAGAUUUUGAAGUCUACUUUAGUGGGAAAAAAAGACUCCUUCCAAGGCCUACAGAUCUGAGGUUCACCCAGGUGACAACUCUACCAGAACCUCUAUCCAGACAGACCUCUACAUACAAGCUGUCAUUUUUGACCACAUCUCCAGAAGGAAGACUUAAGCAUCAACAUCCUAGAUGGCUUCCUUAUUGCUUGCUAAUUUUAGCCAAAUUCUGUAGUUAGCAGCAAAUUAGAACCAUAAGUGAGUCCUAUAGCUGGAAGGCAAAUUAAAAUAAUAAAAGUUAAUAGAGAAAUUAGAAAUAAAAUGUUAAAUAUUUUUAUUAUAUAGCUAGCCUACCUCUUGAUUUGAUUUGAGGUUUUUCUUUCCUUUUUUUUUUUUUUUCUUAAAUCCUGGACACUGAGGCUGAUUGCAACAGUUCAUGGAAGAGAAUCUUGUUGCCACUUCAAAGAUACACUAAUGAGUGACAUAUUUUGUAGCUCAGAUUUUCCAAAACAGAAAUGUUCCAGGUCCCAGUGUUGCCAAAUCUAGUGGACCCAACAUUAUGCCAUGUGGCAGUGCUGGCAGUGUUGAAUCCUGAAAUCACUGAAUAUUGAUAAGGGGCCCCAAAUGGGAAGACAGGCAUGGGAAACACUAUAUGAAUACAAAGUUUUCAAUAAAUACUAAAUGAACAAGCAAAAUCUGAAAUAUUCUAUGAAUUGAUCAAAGAAAAGCUUUGAUGCAUUUGUGGCUCUGGCAACAUGAAUCUCGUGACAGUGAAGCUGAAGAGAUGAAAUCUAAGAGAAACCAGAAGGUUUUAGAGAAGUAAGAGAAAUGAACAUGUUUCCCAAUGUGCCCUGCAGGUGGCUUUGUACAGAGAAUAUUUUAGAGUCCACUUGUUAUUUAAAAUUAAUAUUUUGCUGUUCUAGUCUUUUGUAUUCAAUUCUCUUCCUUUUCUUAACAAUCUACUGCUGAGGUGAUUUAGUGGGGCCAAGUAAGGUCUACUGUAAGUGUGGCACUCUGCACUGUGUGUGUGUGUGAGAGUUUCAAGUAUAGGGGGUAUGGGAGAGUCCAGGGCAGAAUUGAUGAGAAGGAUAUGUUCCUGGGGAGCUGAUGGUAUAAUCACGAAGUGCCAGGUUUCAGAGUGAUAUGAAAUUGGGUGCAUUGUGCUGGUGUGAUUGCAUAGUUUUCAAUAUAUACAAUAUACACCACAGAUACGGAAUCUGUGUAUAUGUGCAUCUUAGUUACUUUUUCUCAAAGCUGAGACAAAAUACCUGAUACCCAAAGUUGAAGGAGGAAAGGU